GUGGUCAGCGCUCGUGCCCGGCUGCGGCGGUGCCGGAAGGUGGGCGGGUUCUCCGCUCCUUGCCCCACCCCCACGCGUCCCCCGCCGUCGCCUAGGAGACGAGUCCCACCCCGGCCGGGCUGGGGGAAUUCGCUGCAGAGGCGCUGCUGGCGGUUCGAGGUAGGGAUGCGCCGCGCGCCAGAGGGGGGCGGCCCCGGCACCAGCCCCAGCGGCCAGGAGCGCAGCGCUGGAUGUAUGUAAGAAUGGCUGCAUUAUUCCCUUCCUUGUUACUUUAUUUCUGGAUCUCAAAGUGGUUAUAAUCCUGAGGAAGAAGACCCAAAUGUCUUAAUAAAUUAUGGCAAACAAUCCACUGAUAUAACAUCAUCAUUCUGGAAAAACAAAAAUUUGUUUUAAAAAAAUUGGAUGUAGAAAUCCUCUAAUAAAAGGAGACAUUUAAAGUUUUCAAGGCUUUCAGCAAUCCAGGUCUUACAAAAUGAACCGUUACACAACCAUGAAACAACUUGGCGAUGGCACCUAUGGCAGUGUACUCAUGGGAAAGAGCAAUGAGUCAGGCGAGCUUGUGGCUAUCAAAAGGAUGAAAAGAAAGUUCUAUUCUUGGGAUGAAUGUAUGAAUUUGAGAGAAGUCAAGUCUCUUAAGAAGCUGAAUCACGCUAAUGUGAUAAAACUGAAAGAAGUUAUCAGAGAAAAUGACCAUCUUUAUUUUGUGUUUGAGUAUAUGAAGGAAAAUCUCUAUCAGUUAAUGAAGGACAGAAACAAGUUGUUCCCCGAGUCAGUCAUCAGAAACAUUAUGUAUCAAAUAUUACAAGGGUUAGCUUUUAUCCAUAAGCACGGUUUUUUCCAUCGGGAUAUGAAGCCUGAAAACCUUCUCUGUAUGGGUCCAGAGCUUGUGAAAAUAGCUGAUUUUGGAUUGGCUAGAGAACUAAGAUCUCAACCACCAUACACAGAUUAUGUUUCUACCAGAUGGUACCGUGCGCCUGAAGUUUUGUUGAGAUCUUCUGUUUAUAGCUCUCCUAUUGAUAUAUGGGCUGUUGGUAGCAUAAUGGCUGAACUGUACACGCUGAGACCUCUUUUCCCAGGGACAAGCGAAGUAGAUGAAAUCUUCAAAAUUUGCCAAGUAUUAGGGACUCCAAAGAAGAGUGACUGGCCAGAAGGGUACCAGCUUGCGUCUGCCAUGAAUUUCCGCUUCCCACAAUGUAUCUCUAUGCACCUCAAAACUCUCAUUCCAAAUGCCAGCAAUGAGGCAAUACAGCUUAUGACUGAUAUGCUAAACUGGGAUCCAAAGAAACGACCUACAGCAAGUCAGGCUUUGAAAUACCCUUAUUUUCAAGUUGGCCAAGUUUUAGGACCUCCUCCACAAUAUUUGGAACAGAAACAAUCUGUUGUUAAACCUGUUCAGCCAACAGAGCCAAAGCCAAAUCUACCGAAAUUAGAAUCUGUAUCAAAACUAGAAUCUGUAUCCAAGCCAGAAUCUCAGUCUUCACCUGAUGCACUUCACGAGACUCAGCCACAACUUCCGUCAAAGAUUAACCACCAACCUCUCCAGCAAAUCCAGCUGUCACAGAAUACAACUAACCAACAACUUCCCCAACAGCAGCAGCCGCAACCACUUCUUCCAGCCAUCAAUAAAAAUUCAUCACCAAAGCAAGCAAUCACAGGCCUUCAAAAUGGUGCAGUUGGUCUUAAAAAUUGCAGGAGACGAUGGGGUCAGACUCUGUUAAAGACUAUGGACAGUUGGGAUGACUUGGAGGACACAGAAUUUGGAAUUUCGUAUUCCAAGAAGCCCAGCAUUUCACAGUUAAAGGAAAAGAAAACAAAAGAGUUUUUGUUUAGCAUGCCAGAGCCAAAGGCCUUGGGCUGUAUCCAAUCAGGAGGGGAAAGCAAAGCUCUGAUGCGAAAUGACUCUGGAAUAUCAAAUACAUCAGCAAAACAAUACUACCUGAGACAAUCAAGAUAUCUUCCUGGUGUAAACCCCAAGAAUGUCUCCUUAGUAGCAGCCAGUAAAGAAGGCUCUCAAGGAAUCUGGAACAAUUCAUUGUUUUCUAAACCACUAGGGCCUACUGGAGGAGGUCUGUCUUUGAACAGAACCAAUGCAGAUUAUUCUUGGAAAACCAAAGCUGCUCGUGCUCAAUUACCAGGCCCUACUUACAAUCCAGCUGCAAAAAACAUUAAUAUCCUGACCCGCCCACCUCCAAUUCAACCAGUACAUGGAAGAACAGACUGGGUGGCCAAAUAUGGAGGACAUCGAUAGAAGCCCUGUCUCAUGGUGCACUUUUCAUGCAAGUUACAUUUGCAGUGUAGGAUGACAAUCUAAAAUGCAUAUUUCCCUUAAUUUCUCUAAAGACUAUGCAACAGUAGAAUGACUGGAGAUCUUGUAUUUUAUUACCUGCAGAAGAAAUAAAAUACAUUUUACAUAGCAAUAUUCAAAACACUGGCUAAAAGGGAGGAUUUUAUGAAGUAGUGUAUAAAGCAUCUUGCCAAAAUUGAGUAUUUGAACUACUAAUAGACAAAUUGUAAAUUUUAUUAGAAAACUUUCUGUAGACCCAACUGCUGCCCAGUGUACUCUUAAAAUUGCUUGACUUUAAAUUUGUCCUAUAGGAGUAAUCCUGCACUGGUGAUUUGUGAAGUAACAACCGGCUUCUGAACGGAUGCUGCUUCCUUGUGCAAGUUCCUUUCUCUGAAGUUGAACAGUGAAAGCACAAAUAGUAUUCUGAGGAGAAAGAUAUGCUGUGUUGCUAGCUAAACAAAGGUCCCAGAACUGAGCUAGAUGUGUUUUGUGUUUCCUUAGGGAUAGUCUCUGCACAAUUGUAUACAUUAGUGAGCACUUACUCCUACAAGCAGGUCAUGGAACUAUUUGUGUGUAAGUACUCACCAACAAGAGAAAGGGUUGCACUAUUUAGCCCAAAGUGGUGUAGUGAUAGGAGUUUGGGAACACAACUUACCAAGUAGUGAAUGCCACAGUCAUGGGGACAAGGUACCCUAAGACUUAAAAAAAGGAUUUUAUAAAUUAAGCUAUGUGUAUAUUAGGCCACAGUUCUGUAGCUUCCUCCUCCUCCCCCAUGUUGCCCAGUUGAAGUCUUAAUGAGGUUACAAAGGAUCAGUUAUGCAGUGUAUUUGGCUUAUUGACUGGCUAAUUCACCAAAACACUAGCUAACUGGUUAGUUAACGCCCAUUGAACUGUAUUGUCUUUUCUUGGUGACCAUAAAAUUGAACUAUAGAAUUCCCCACUACUUACAAAAAUUCACCAAACUACAUAAGACAGGAAAUGAGACUGUUAGUGGAAGAAAAUUUUUAAGAUUGUUUUUCUUAUUGAAGUAAGGAUCCAACUCCUGGUUUCUAAUAAGUAUACAAACUCCUCUGAUGCCAAUAGGGGUUAUGCAAUAGUCAAAGAUCUAUAAACUUGUCCAUCAACACAGUUCUUCUAAUAGGUUAUAUUUUAAUAUGCUAAGUCAAGGACUUUAUAUCUUCCAAGAAGCUGUUGGGGUUUUUUAAAAUGUUAUCCUGGGAUGUGUGCUGUUAAAACCUGCAUUUAAAAGUAGAAAUUGUAGACUUAAUAGCUACAUUAAAUCUGCCAUUUUAAAGUCCAAAAUGUGUAUGUACUCUGUACUUUUAAAGGUAUAAAAACUGUUACAGAUUGAUCCAAGUAUUGUCAAAAGUAUUUUGUAUAGAUUUUAUUAGUGUAUAAAAAAUUUUAGUUCUUGUUGUAGACCUAAUUUGCCAUAAUCCAGUGGUUUAUGUAAUUUAGAGGUGCUCAAUUUAAUCAGAGCCAGACUAGCCAUAAAAAGUCAACUAUUUUGCUAUGAAAACUUCACCCUAAAUAGUAGCUAAAUAAAAUGUCACCAUGUACUACUGGAAAAGUUAAUAGUAUCUAUAGUGUGAUGUAGGAAUUUCUGAUUAGUAAUGUACUACAGAGGACUUCAAUCCCAUGUUGUGUUUUUCUUUACUGGUUUGUCAGUCCUUCAAAACGAAUCGUCCUUGUAUUAUUUAAAGGCAGUUUUUAAUACGCUAUUUAAUUACUGGUUAUGUUACUAAAGGACAGACAGACUUUCAAAACAGGCCUGGUUCAUUAGUGUACUGUGAAUUGGAAAGCCCUGACUUCAUAAUAAAGAUCACUUCUCAGGAGUA